CUUUCCUGUUUUUUCCAACUAAGAUUGCACUUUUCCUCUUUCUCUGUCUUGUCUGUCACCCAGAAACUGCACCCUUAAAUAAACUAACUUCCUCACUCUCCACUCCUCUUUUCUAACUCCCCAACUUUUAUAAAAUUUCCUUCACCCCCAUCACUAAUGCAUUUCAUAAUGCUCCAUUUCUCACUCACUUAGUUUCUUCUGCUGUCUCAAGGCUUUUGCAGCCAAAGAAGAAAAAAAAUAUAAAUAAAAAGUAUCCUACUUUCUGACACCAUCUUUAUGGCAUUAGUGUUUAGUUAGUGCCUCAAAAUGCUUGUCUUGUAUUGGCCACAACUAAAGCCUCAAACUUUAAUCUUCCCAUCUUUGAUUUUCUGUCACUUUGUUGAAUUGAAGUUCCAUUUUUGUAACUAACAACUGUUUGCCUCUUUCUUUGGUCUUUGGAUUCUAAAGUUAGUUUCUUUCCAUGAACGAAGGCCAAAUUGAAAUUACCAUUCCUCACUUGUUCAGAUGCCCCAUCAGCUUGGACUUGUUCGAAGAUCCUGUUACUUUGUGCACAGGCCAAACCUAUGACAGAUCAAGCAUAGAGAAAUGGUUUUCCGCAGGAAAUCUCACAUGCCCUGUCACAAUGCAGAAGCUUCGUGAUCCUUCCAUUGUUCCCAACCACACUCUUCGCCACUUGAUCGAUCAGUGGCUCCAAUUGGGUCACCAAUUUCAUCAUCAAGGUAACUCUGCCACUAUUGAUUACUUAGCUUCACUAAAGCACACCCUUGAGUCUCCCCAAUUGGAAAACAAGCUUCAAGCACUCGAGAAAAUUAGAGCCCUCUCUGAUGAGUAUUGCUCCUUCAGAAAAUCUUGCUUCCACCAACUCAGUUUCUUGCCCCUACUUUUGGAACUGGUUUUUGGCACUCACCUCUCGAAGUCUCACAUGGAGUUCACUGAGUUAGCACUUUCUUGCAUCCUAAAACUGCUUCCUCUUGUGAGCUUGGAGCCUUUGAGUAUGAUCAAAGAUGAGUCUAAGUUAGCAACGUUUUUGGUUUUAUUCGAGAAGGGAACCAUCUCGGUUAAGACUAGUCUUUGCCAUCUUGUAGAUUCAACAGCAGCACCACAAACAGAAGAGGUAUGUCACAUGCUCGGUCACUCUCAAAAACUAGUGCAUGAGAUUGUUGUACUUGUUAGCCAAAGUUGUGAGGCUUCCAAGGUUGCAAUUAAGGCCUUGUUAGCAUUAUGUUCCUUGCAAUCUAACCGAGAGAAUUUGGUGAGGGGAGGAGCAAUUGAUGGGGUCAUAACAUACAUUUCAGGUUGCGAGACAAGGCAGAAGAAUUUGGCACCGUUGGCCAUGGCAAUAAUAAAGAAACUUUUGGUACUAGAGAGUGCUAAAGAGGCUUUGGUGAACCACCCUAAAGGGGUUGAAACUUUGGUGAAGAUGGUUUUCAGGGUGUGUAAUCAAGAGUGUAGUGAGAGUGCUGUUGGAAUACUUUCAAUUAUUUGUGGUGAUUUUGGGCGUGCAAGAGAGGAAGCCAUUGGUGCUGGAGUUUUGACUCAGUUGCUGUUUCUUCUGCAGAGUCAGUGUGGCACAAAAACUAAAACAAAGGCAAGAAUGCUGCUCAAGUUGCUAAGAUCAAAGUGGAUUGAAGAACCAAAACAUGUGUAGAUUGUGAAAUGUGAAUAAUAAGCGUUAAUAAUCAGUAUUUGAUGACUCUUGGGGGUCUUGUUGUCUAUGUGCAGUAUUUGUACUCAUAUACUUUGUAAUCUUUGAAUAUUAUUAUCAGGAAAUUUAAUGCUAAGUUUUGGCCUCAUUGUUA